UUCCCUAAGCAGAAAAUAAACAUCCUUGUUGUGUUGUUUUGUGUUGUGCCGGUAAUAAAUCUUCCUUACUGUUACUUUAUUAUUCUGCCUCUUCCUUCACUUUCUCCAAGUUUUUCUCUAACCAAACACUCAAAAGAUUUAGCCUCUCUCUGAUACUUUUAAUUGUGCUUCCUCACACUCAGAUCCUUUCACAGUACUCUUCAAAAGACAUGUACAAGAAUCGGUUGCAAGAGUUGGCUCAAAGAAGCUGUUUUAAUUUGCCAGCCUAUUCAUGCAUUCGCGAAGGACCAGAUCAUGCUCCUCGUUUUAAAGCUACUGUAAACUUUAAUGGAGAGACCUUUGAAAGUCCUACUUUCUGCUCUACUCUUAGACAGGCAGAACAUGCAGCAGCUGAGGUAGCUCUUAACACUCUUGCAAAAAGAGGCCCCUCUAGAGCUUUGGCUGCAAGAGUUCUGGAUGAAACAGGAGUAUACAAGAAUUUACUCCAAGAAACUGCUCAUAGAGCUGGACUGAACCUUCCUGUUUAUACUACAAUUCGAUCUGGACCAGGUCAUGGUCCUAACUUCUCUUGUACAGUUGAGAUUGCAGGAAAGCAUUUUACAGGAGAUCCAGCUAGGACAAAGAAACAGGCUCAAAAAAAUGCUGCCAUGGCUGCUUGGGCUGCAUUGAAAAAAUUGUCAGAGCACAGUUUAUCAUCUUCAUUUUCGCCGGAGACUAGAGGCAAUGAAGAACAAGAUCAAGUCAUCAUAGCCCGCAUCCUUGCAAAUGGUUCAGAGAACGUUUCCAAAGGUGAUAAUCAACUUGGACGGCAUAAAUUGACUACAAACUCUUUGGUAUCUACUCAUCCUACUGCAGACAUGUACCCUACGCAAUGCCAGCAUUGUGUAAUCUCUAGUUUCUCGCCAGAGGUGGCUUUAUAUCAGAUUUGGCAGCAAGAACAAAUUUUGCAGCAACAAAAUCGUCUGUUGGCACUAACCUUUCAGCCAAUUAUUCCAUCUACUCAACAUAUUUAUCCAUUAAUGCAAUCCAUGUUCCAGCCAGACCACUGUCUUUAUUUCCCGAGCGAGUUGGGAUCAGUUCCUGUAGGACCAAAAUUUUCAAUGGCUACAUCAAGCCCUUCAUUUUGUUUUUCAAACCAAAUUGCUCCAGAACUAAAUGCAGGCAGGUCAACACUAACCAUCAGAGAGAUACAAGAAGAAAAAACAGAAGAUCCUCCAGUUUGUACCUUUAGCAAUGAAACCAGUCUCUUACCACCAGGUUCAGUUGAUGAGAGUAAGAAACAUGAUAAUUCUGGAAGCAGAAAUAGAACUACUGAGCAGGGAGAACAGUGUGAGAAAUCUGAAUGGGAUUCUCAUUGGAGCAUGGGAUCUGUACACAGACCACCUAAUUCUGAGCUCCAAAACCCAUCAAGGAUUGGUUCAUCCGUUCUCAGAUCACGUUCACAAGCAAGCUACAACAGAAGUUUUAGACCACCAGCUCCUUCAUCAUCUUCCAUUGUGCGAACCAUAUGCCCUACUUCAUCUGUUGGUUCAAGACCACAACAUGCUGCAUCAAGGUUGAGAACAGGCAUCCCACUAAGUCCAAGCUCAUCUACUCCUGAAAGAUUUGGCAUGAUGAGAACACCUACUCCUUUAUUUAGGGCACCAGCUGUGAGAAUCAGAUCCGUGGUUCCAGUUUGUUCAGCUCCUCCAAGGAGAUCCAUGGCAGAAGAGGUGUCCAAGAGCAAGGAAAAAGAAGAUCUAAAACCUGAAGACAAAGAGGUAUCAAGAACUAGCUCUGAGCUUGGCCAUCUUAGAAUAUGAGUGAGUAUAAAUACUAGAAGAUAAGUAUGGUAGUUCUUUCCAAAUAUCAUGACCUUUACAGGCAUUUACAGGAAAGAAUAGGCAUCUCCUUUUGGUAAUUUUAUGUCAGGUAAUAAAUUGAAAUACAAAAUUAUAUAUAUAAAUA